AGAUUCUGGAAUUAGAUGCUUAAGCUUGACAAAUAGGGAAACGUCUUGAUGAAUGAUUUUGGUCCAGGUCUCUCAAGGCUUGUGGAUUCAGGGCGUAACCGAAUUGACGGCUAGUUUCCUCUCCUGCCAGAAUACUCCAAUAUCCCACUUCCAUUUCAAUUGAGAUAGUAUUUCUGUUCAGAAAAAUUGCAGUCAGAGAGUAACAUGGGCCAGUCCACUUCAUCUGGCUGCUCUGCAUCUCACCACUUUGCUCCUGUCUUAGAAGAGGUGGAGCAGAGAUUUGAGAAGCUGGAGAGGCAAUUUGGGAAAAGAAAAUUUGUUAAUUACACGGUCAAGACUCUCAAGGAUUACAUCCAAACCUUCCUGGUUGAUUUCAGAUUCCUGAUUAUGUUUAAGGAUAUGGUUGACAAGUUGAGCUCAAGGCUUUGGAUUGAGUUAAAAUCCUCAUUGCAGAAAGUUGAAUCUGCGAUUAAUGAGAUUGGAAAAGAACUUUUGAUUGCUCAUCAUACUAACGAGGUUUCCAAACUGGUCCAAUUGUUUUCUGGAUUGAUUGAAAAGAUUGAGGUCUUGAAGCCACUGAUUGAGAAAUCCUGUAAGUACUUGCUUGAGGUUGAGGACCAAGGUUGUUGCUGGGUGAAGAAUGAUCAUUGGGAUGGAUACACUCUCAAAUGUAUACAAGGGAAUCUGCAGACUCUAAAAGAGAAAGCUGAUUUCCAGCUUGACCACCAUGUGCAAGGACAAAUAAAAUGCCUCCUUAAGAAGCUAAACUCGCUCACCAAUUUCUUGGUCACUGAAUCCAUGCAUCAGACUCGAGAAUCCGAUCUCAAUGCCCUGGGGAUUCAUGCUGGAGCUGUGACUGUUCGGGCAGCAAAUCUGUCUUGUUUGUGUUGGCUGAGUGUCAGGAGCAGCAAACUGGAUCCUAGUACGGCACAAGGAAUUGCUGGUGCCUUUCCACGUUUGCAACACAAGCUGGACCCUGCUACUAGUCCAGAGUUACUGGAUAUGAUACUUCGGUUACUAGAAGCCAAAAAAUCUCAUUCGAAUCGUCAAUCUACAAUUGAAAGAUUUUUUGUUUUUCUUCUUGACAUGCAACACAACAAUGUUCUUCGUUCUGAGAUGGUAGGCCUGGUACACUUCUUUAUUGAGGUACGAGAAGAACAUGGAAAGGAAACCGAACAGCUUCUUCCAGAUGUUGCAGCAGUAGUUAGGCAGGCAAGAUUUGUUGAACAUUCAUCAAGCGAAGGAGGUGUACCAGAUCUUGUGUAUUCCAAGUUGCUUCCUAUGAUUUAUCUUCUCACAGAAGAACUUUUCUCUAUUAGACAAUUGAGCUACAGCAGGCCCGGCAUUAAAAGGAAUGAUGAUGAGCACGCAAGAUAUCUAAGGGAUACUGUUGGAGCUCGAGUUAAACUCCUUCAAUCCCAUUUAGAAUUUUUAAGAAUCAAACUUUCGGAUCGACCACAAAAGAACAUGCAACAUUGGAGACUAGUCGUCAUGCUCUUUGAACGAGUGGUUGAGCAGCUGUUAUCGCUGAAAGACUCAUUAGAUGCCGGAAGAAUCACAAACGGUGAGGCAAGGAAUGUGCUCUUUAAGGUACUUCUUAGAAUUUUGGUUUUCAAGGCAGAGGCAUAUUUGAUGGAUUUACUCAACGGUGAUGAAAGUCUCCUUGUAAAGCAUCAGAUUGGAGCCCUCAAAUCCGUAGUUGCAUCAAUGACAAACAUGCCCAGGAAACUCAUCUUCAUGAACCUUGAAAAGGUACAAAAGGAUGAAAUAUUAAUCUUGACGGACAUUGAGUCGGUGGUCAGGGAGGUGCUAUAUCUUUGUCAUUCCUUCAAUGGUACUGUUUUUACAGGAGGCAUGAUGAAGGAAUGCACUCACUGGCUUUGUGACUUGACACAGAAAAUCAAGGAAGUAGUUGAGAGGAUUGAUGUCCCAUUUCCAAAAAUUGAGUUCCCCAAGACUAAUGGAUUAGGCUUUAUUGGUUUUCUCUUGAUAAAGCUAAAGGGGCAGUCGAUGAGAUAUGGGAUUGGCCCACUUAAUUGUGUUAAGCAACAGAUUGAUGACAUCCUACAGAAUCUGACAUUCUUGAGAUCUUCCAUCAUGAAGCAGGAUGCCAAGUAUCAAGAAUGCAAGGAUGCAGCUUACAUGGUGGAAUUUAUCAUUGACUCAAUUCUUCUUGGAAAUGGAUCCAGAUGGCAUAAUUUUUCAUGGCUUUACCGCGUCUCAGAAAAUAUAAGGCAUAUCCGGAUUCUUCAGGAAACAGAAUGUCAAGAGAAGACCUGCAAUUUGGAAGUCACAAAUGCUGCCCAGGCCGUGGUCCGUCAGAUCUCGCAGACUAGUACCUUUGAAGUUAAUGAAGAUGUGGUGGUACUAAAUGACCAGCAACAAAUGAUAGUUGAUCGACUAACAAGAGGAUCAUCACAGAGAGAAAUAGUCUCGAUUGUUGGAAUGCCAGGGAUUGGCAAGACAACUCUGGCAAAUCAAGUGUAUUAUGAUCCUACAGUUGUGUAUUACUUCCAUAUUCGUGCAUGGUGCUGUGUUUCACAAGUGUACGCAAAAAGAGACUUGUUGCUUGGCAUUUUACAGCAGAUAAUUGAGCUUACUGACAGUAUCCUGACGAUGCCCAAUGAAGACUUGGAAUUUAUGUUGUAUAAACAAUUGAAGGGAAAGCGUUAUCUAAUCACCAUGGACGACUUGUGGAAUAUUGGUGCAUGGGAUGACUUAAAGAGCUCAUUUCCAGAUGAUGGAAAUGGAAGUAGGAUUAUGAUAACAAGUCGUCUGGAAGACAUGGCUUUGAAUUUCUCACUGGAAAGUAAUCUUCUUAAUCUUCGUCCCUUGUCUGAUGGUGAGAGUUGGGAGUUACUAAAGAUGAAGAUAUUUCCUAAAGAAAUCUGUCCUGAGGAACUACUACAAGUUGGAAAGGAAAUUGCUAGGAGUUGUAAAGGACUACCUCUUUCUCUUGUUGCAAUAGCUGGUCUCCUUCAAAAGACGGCCAUGAAAUCAGACUCGUGGAAAAAAAUUGCAGAACGUUCAAAUGCUAUCAUUGUGAAUGAUCCACAAACGAGGUGCAUGGACAUCUUGGAACUGAGUUAUGAGCAUCUGCCAGAUUAUCUGAAACCAUGCUUUCUUUUCUUCGCUAUGUUUCAAGAAGACAAGGAGAUUCCAGUUAGGAGAUUGAUAUGGCUAUGGAUGGCUGAAGGUUUUAUAGAGAGAAAAGAUUCGAAGAGCAUCGAGGAUCUUGCUUUGGAUUACUUGAGAGAUCUGGUUGGUAGAAGCUUGAUAACAGUUUCCAAGAGAAGAUCCAAUGGUGGUGUCAAAGCAUGUCGGAUACAUGAUAUGGUACGCAAUGUUUGCUUGUCAAAAGCUAAAGAAGAAAAAUUUUUGGGAUUGGUAACUGGUGAUGAUGAGCCUUAUUCUUUUUUCUAUGAUAGCGAUGAUUUUGAUGAUUUUGAUCCUUCAAAUUCCAUUACCUACAAGGAACAUCGACUAUGCAUUUCUGUUAGCCGGCAACAGUUUGUUAACUCAAGACCUUCUGGCCCAUAUGUUCGUUCUCUUCAGUUCUUUGCCACUACUGAUGCUUAUCCAAGAUGCCCUUAUAAUGUCUCAUUCAUUUCCAAGAACUUUAAACUUCUUAAGGUGUUGGAUUUGGAAGCAAUCAAUAUGGGUAGUUCCUUUGCUGAUGGAAUAGAUUCACUUAUUCAAUUGAUUUUUCUAGCUGUUGGUGGUGAUAUUGAUUCUAUUCCAUCAUCAUUAGCUAAUUUGAGAAAUCUGGAAACUCUUUUGGUGAAGGGACUGAAAGGUAAAAAGGUCUUACUACCGGAAAGUAUUUGGAGGAUGACAAGUUUGCGACAUGUUCAUGUGAAGAAUAAUGCUUCUUUUACACUACAACCUAAAGUCACCGGAAUUGGCUUUCAAUUAAAGAACCUCGUCUCCCUCUCCGUACCAUCUCUGAUUUUUGGGGAAGAUGCAGAUGAAAUGAUAAGGAUGUUGCCCAACCUUCGAGAAUUGAGUUGCAUUUUCUCAAAAUCAAGGGGUUCCAGAGAUUACUAUCAGUUUCCAAGAUUGGAAAAACUGACACAGUUGGAGUCGCUCAAGAUAGUAUAUCGUGGUAGGACUAUUAAGACAAGUCCAUUGAACUUCCCGUUGGGACUGAAGAAGUUGACAUUAAUAAAUUUCUUCUUGCGGUGGGAUCAUAUCUCAACAUUUGGCAGCCUAGAAAAUCUUGAGAUUCUCAAAUUGUUAUCUUCAACUUUCGAAGAUACAAGGUGGGAAAUGAAAGAAGGGGAGUUUCACAAGCUCAAAUACCUGAAAUUGGACAGUCCAAACAUUGUUAGCUGGGUUGCCUCCUGUGAUGACUUGCCUAAUCUUCAACAUCUAGUCUUGCAAAAAUGCGAGAAUCUUAAGGAAGUCCCAAUUGAUUUUGUGAGAAUCCCAACUUUGCAGCUAAUUGAGGUGCAGCGGUGUGGAGACUCAGUUGAAGAGGCAAUUAGGCGACUGCAGCAGGAACAAUUUGAAUAUGGAAUUGAUGAUUUGAAGGUCCUUAUCAACCAUUAGAUGGAAAUCUCAGAUCUUCAUAAAUUUAGGUUGAUCGUUGGCGUGCUUUACAUCCCAGUGACAGUUGAAGUGAAGGAGGACGUACUUAUCUCAGAAGCUCCUGGAAAAGAAUUGGCAAAGUUACAUCAGCAAGGCCUUGGUG